CAUGUUUCCUUCAUACAUCUCCACCUGUCCUGUCACUUUUACACCCUGACCAUCCUCUGCUGAUGCCUUCUUCCCACAGUCAGCUGCUGUCAGCUCUAGCCCCCCCGUCCCCCCCUCCCUCUCUCCAUUCUAUUUAUACUCAGCCUAAUUUCACUCCAGGGUUAUUUUCUUCCCUGUGACCACUUCCCCCUCGUCACUUGUUGCCCUUUUUCUCUGCUUCAUUUCUGCUUUUCCUGCCUUAAACACCUUCUGAUGGCUGUGUUCAGAGGCCUUUCAUCAGGGGAAUGGCUCACUCCUUCAGUAUCACCGUUCUGGCUUUCAUUUCCAAUCUCCUCCAUGCUGUUUGGAGAACGUUAGUGCCUGAGCCGACUGGUUUGGCAGCAGGGUUCGGCCCUUCUUUUAGAGAGGCCAUGGAGGAGUUGAGUCCUAGGAAACAGGCAGCAGAGCAGCUGAAGAAACGCUUCCUGGAGGCGUUACAGGCCAACGACACCCAGGAGGUCCUAGAGAUCCUCCACACCAGAAAAAUAGACAUAGAUGCAGUGUUGGAAGUGGAUGACCCCAGUAUGGUGCUGGCCUCCUACAAACAAGGAUACUGGCUUCCAGGUUAUAAACUGGAGAAGUCCUGGGCCAUGGCUCUUCAUGUAUGUGUGAUGUUUAACGCUGUGGAAACGGCCCUGGUGCUCCUCCAGGAAGGUGCGUCCCUCAACCGGAUGCCCAAUGGGAAGACGCCGCUGCAUGUGGCCUGUGAGGUCUCCAACAGUGACUGCGUCGCUUUGCUGUUGGCUCACGGGGCAAAGGUCAACAGCCUGUCGCUGAGCGGACACUCACCUCUGCACUACUGCAUCACCACAGAGUCAGUAGACUGUGCCAGGCAGCUCAUCCUCAAAGGUGCACAUGUCGACAUGCACAGCCAUAACAACGAUGAAGUCACACCUUUACACACAGCAGCCAGGUUCGGUAUUCCAGAGCUGGUGGCACUAUAUUUGAUCCACGGGGCGUCUGUGGAUGCACUGAACUCUGUCCAGGAGACGCCUCUGAUGACUGCAGCCUUCUGGGCUUUUGAUUCCAAAGAGCAAACCUACAGCCAAGACCACCACUUUGUGUGUCGCCUUCUGCUGGACAACAAAGCAGAUCCAAACCUCCAAGAGGAAGACCAUAAAACCGCUCUUCACAAGGCCGCCUGGAACUGUGAUCACAUCCUGAUGCAGAUGCUGCUGGAGGCCGGAGCAGACGCCCGGGCCAUGGACAUCAACGGCUGCGCCCCCAUCCAGUAUCUGCUCAAGGUGACUGACGUGAGGCCUAUGGCUAUACCAGAGAUCUGCUACCAGCUGCUGCUCAACUACAACGCAGCACGGAUAUACCCACCACAGUUCCACAAGGUGUUACAGUCCUGUUACGACUACCCCAGAGUGGUAGAAAUCCUGGUUAACUCUUAUGAACGUUUGAAACCGACAAAGAAGUGGAGAUCAGCCAUUCCUGAUGACUGCUACAAGCGUCAUCAAACAUUCUACGAUUCUUUGUUUGCCGUUUGUACGAACACGCCUCGCAGUCUCCUUCACCUGGUCCGAUGCGCGGUCAGAUCUGCCAUGGGUGGAUUCAGCCAGCGUGGAAUCGCAGAACUCCCACUUCCAACGUCCAUGAAGAAAUACAUUUUAUUGGAACCUGAGGGGAUACUGUACUGAUGGACAGGGGCCUGUUCAUGAACUAUAGAUGACGCUUGCAUGUAGCCUGAGAUCUGAUGAUGUAAACAGAGGCAUCCACUAGUCUUCAUCAGA